UAGAAAAAAAAGAAAAGAAAAAGAAAAACCAGCAGAAUCUCUCAGGAAACAGCAUACAAUUCCACUUGUCAGUGUAAGACGAGCAUUCCACUAUAUUCUCAGUACCCUUCAGGUGUUUUCUAAAUUCUGUCUUACAGAAAGAAGAAAGCGGCUCAUAUAAUUCAAUGGAUGCCGCCACAAUAGCAGACCUUAAGCAAUUUGUCGAUCACUGCAAGUCUAAUCCUUCUAUUCUUCACGACCCAUCUCUUUCAUUUUUCAAAUCCUAUCUUGACAGUUUGGGUGGUCAAAUUCCACCUCAAAAUAAACCGGAGAAAAGUGGUAUUGACACCUCUGACUCUAUGGAAUACUUUGAUGCUCAAAGACCAAGUGAAGAGGGUGAUGAUGUAAUUGAGUCUGAUGUUGAGUUGGACGAGAGCGACAUUGUGGAACCUGACAAUGAUUCACCACAAAAGAUGGGUGACCCUGAAACUGAAGUUACAGAAGAAAGGCAGGAUGCUGCGCAAACGGAUAAGUUAAAAGCUAUGGAUGCAAUCUCUGAAGGUAAGCUAGGUGAAGCCAUAGAUCAUCUAACAGAAGCCAUCAUGCUGAAUCCAACAUCAGCAAUAUUAUAUGCAACUAGAGCCAAUGUCUUUACUAAACUGAAGAAACCUAAUGCCGCCAUACGUGAUGCUAAUGCUGCUUUAGAGAUCAACCCAGACUCUGCAAAAGGAUAUAAAAUACGAGGAAUGGCACGGGCCAUGUUAGGCUUAUGGGAAGAAGCAGCGAGUGAUCUGCAUGUAGCGUCCAAGUUGGACUAUGAUGAGGAGAUUGGUUUGGUGUUGAAAAAGGUUGAACCUAAUGCAAAAAGAAUACAAGAGCAUCGUAGAAAAUAUGAGCGGUUGAGGAAAGAAAGGGAGCUAAAGAAGGCUGAAUGUGAGAGACAACGGCAAGUUAAAGCCCAAGAGCAAGAAGCUUUGUCUGUUUUGAAGGAGGGACAAGUAAUAGGCAUCCAUUCUGCUGGUGAACUAGAUACCAAGUUGAAUGCUGCUUCUAGGACAUCUCGACUUGCAGUCCUGUACUUCACAGCAACAUGGUGCGGACCUUGCCGUUUCAUUUCGCCUCUUUUUACAAGCUUAGCUGCAAAAUACCCCAAAACUGUGUUCUUGAAAGUUGACAUAGAUGAGGCAAGGGAUGUGGCUGCAAGAUGGAAUAUUAGCAGUGUUCCGACCUUCUACUUUAUAAAGAAUGGCAAGGAAAUUGACAAGGUAGUGGGGGCCGAUAAAAAUGGACUGGAAAAGAAGAUUGAACAAUAUGCAGGAUAAUGUUGUACUAACCUACUUAAGAAACUUGCAGCUGGCAAUUUCUCCUCUCUCUCUUAGCUCGUGUGAUCAAACUCAUCAAUAAUGUUAUUUGCGAAUAAAAGUUUUACUCUUUCAUGAUAAAAUGACAGGUUAAGUUAUGUGUACCAUUUAAAAUUUACAUUUGUGCAUGCUAAGCAUGGACUUGUUGCCUUCUAGCUGAGAUCACGAUUGCCAGCCUACUUUUAGUGUUGAAGAAACUGCAAACUUCUGAUCGCUAUCAGCAGAGUAAUAUUGGCAAAUUGGCAAGGCCUUUGGCUUGAUAUAUUUUUUGAUCGUAAUCAGAAUUCAGGGGGCCUGAAAUACUGCAGAACCUAUGCUUGUCAAUAGUUAUCUGGGUUGUCUUUGAACAUGCUAGAGCAUCACAUGUACUCUUGAUUGCUACUCACUUAAACUAAGGAGCACUUUUUCUUA